AUGUCUUCUCCUCCAUUCCUCUUCCCUCAAGCUCAUUCCACAGUCCUACCUGACCCUUCAAACUUCUUCUCCCCAAACCUUCUUUCAUCUCCUCUUCCCACAAACUCUUUCUUUGAAAACUUUGUUCUACAAAAUGGGGACAAGCCUGAAUACAUCCACCCUUACCUCAUCAAAUCCUCAGACUCCUCUCUCCAAGCCUCAUACCCUUUUCUCUUCUUUAGUGCAGCAAUUUUGUAUCAGGUUUUUGUCCCAGAUAUCACCAUCUCUGCCACUCAAAAAAAUCACACAAACUCACUUGCAAAAAACCAUGUUAUCUCAUCCUACAGUGAUCUUGGUAUCACUUUGGAUAUUCCCUCUUCCAAUCUUAGGUUCUUUCUUGUCAGAGGAAGCCCUUUUAUAACUGCUUCUGUGACUAAGCCAACCUCUCUUUCCAUCACAACAGUGCAUACCAUAGUUUUCUUGUCUUCCAAUGAUGACAAAACCAAGUACACCCUUCAGCUCAACAACAAUCAAACAUGGCUCAUAUACACAUCUUCCCCGAUCAAUUUAAACCAUGGAGUUUCUGAGGUUAAAUCCAAGCCAUUUUAUGGCAUAAUUCGUAUAGCAGUGCUUCCUGAUUCCAACCCCAAGUGUGGUGAAAUUCUUGACAAGUUCAGCUCUUGUUACCCUGUCUCUGGGGAUGCAGCACUCAAGAAGACAUUUCGUGUGGUUUAUAAAUGGCAAAAGAAAAGGUCUGGGGAUUUGCUCAUGCUAGCUCACCCUCUUCAUGUUAAGCUUCUAUCAAAGGAUUGUAAUGUUACUGUUCUGCAAGAUUUUAAAUAUAGAAGCGUUGAUGGUGAUCUUGUUGGUGUUGUUGGAGAUUCAUGGGCGUUAGAAACCGAUCCUGUUCCUGUAACAUGGCAUUCUAACCGAGGUAUCAAAGAGGAAUCAUAUGAUGAGAUUGUUUCAGCGCUUUCUAAAGAUGUCAAGGAGCUAAAUUCUUCUGCAAUAUCAACAAAUUCAUCUUAUUUUUAUGGGAAGCUUGUUGGAAGGGCUGCAAGGUUGGCAUUAAUAGCAGAAGAAGUGUCUUUUCCUAAAGUGAUUCCCACAAUUAGGGAGUUUCUGAAGGAUACUAUUCAGCCCUGGUUGGAUGGAACUUUCAAGGGGAAUGGUUUUCUAUAUGAUAGAAAGUGGGGUGGACUUGUUACUGAACAAGGGUCUACAGAUUCAACAGCUGAUUUUGGAUUUGGGAUUUACAAUGAUCACCAUUUUCAUUUGGGGUACUUCCUUUAUGGAAUUGCAGUACUUGCAAAGAUUGACCCUGCCUGGGGACAAAAAUACAAACCGCAAGCUUAUUCACUUGUGACAGAUUUUAUGAACUUGGGCCAAAGAUAUAACUCAAAUUAUCCACGCCUAAGGUGUUUUGACCUUUACAAGUUACAUUCUUGGGCUUCAGGUUUGACUGAAUUUGAAGAUGGAAGGAAUCAGGAAAGUUCAAGUGAAGCUGUGAAUGCAUACUAUUCAGCAGCAUUGAUGGGUCUAGCAUAUGGUGACACCAAUCUUGUUGCCACUGGAUCAACACUUGUAGCAUUGGAAAUUCGUUCUGCACAAACUUGGUGGCAUGUAAAAGUGGAAGACAACUUGUACAAAGAAGAUUUUGCAAAAGAUAACAGGAUAGUGGGUAUUCUGUGGGCUAAUAAGAGAGACAGUAAGCUAUGGUGGGCUCCUGCUGAGUGUAGAGAGUGUAGGCUUAGUAUCCAAGUUUUACCCUUGUUGCCUAUUACUGAGCCCUUGCUCUAUGAUGCUGCUUAUGUGAAGGAGCUUGUGGAAUGGACAUUGCCUUCUUUGAACAAUAAAUCAAAUGUAGAAGGGUGGAAGGGGUUUACCUAUGCCUUACAAGGAAUUUAUGAUAAGGAAAAAGCAUUGAAGAAGAUAAGAGUGUUGAAAGGUUUUGAUGAUGGUAACUCAUACAGUAAUCUCUUGUGGUGGAUUCACAGCAGAUGAGGAGUGAUGCACAUUAGUUUUUGGACAAGAUCAUUUGUGCAAAUCUCAAGAAAAAAAUCUUGCAAUCCGAUGUUUCAAUUUGACUUUUUAUCGACAUUUUUUAUUUCCUGUAAUUUAUGAAAUUCUAUAUUUAUAUUUGUUAUUGUU